CAUGACUGUGGAGUUUGUCUCUCACGCUUGAUUCACAUCAAGAAGGGAUUUCUGUGGGACAGGAUAGAAACAGGACCAGGACAGAGGCCAACUAUUUAGCUGUCGAUCCAGACAUACACCACCUCAAGGCUGAGACGCUCUGCGAGGACAUUUGCAUAAAGUGCUAAAUAGGGAUCUGAUGGAGCAGGGCAGGUGAUACCGGCCAACGGACACACAGAGGAAGGAGGGCCCAGAGCUGACACUGACAAAGACUGAGCUCAGAGCACACACCCACCAACACACACACACACACGCUCACACUAACUCACACCUGUGGCUCAGGCAGAGAACUCAGACCUGCACAGAGGAGGACUUAUACAAACCUCAAACUCUCCCCUGCUGGGAUCUCAGAAGCAUUUGAUUGCAGAAAAAUGUAUUUUGGACUUCUACGGGAGUGAGCUGGGAGAAAGAGAGAGGAUCAUCUCACAUCUUCAUUCGACAGAUAAUCCAGACGUACAUACAUACAUCUCCGGAAGAUGGAUCAGUCUCCUCAGAUCUGGCACAUGCAGGUUGACAAUGCUGGAGAGCUGCAAAAGAAGGUGUCGAUCGCUGGUCAGCCAGAAUGCUCAAUCUGCUAUAACACCUACGACAACGUCUUCAAAACGCCAAAGCUGCUGGAGUGCACCCACACCUUCUGCCUGGAGUGCCUCUCCCGCCUCAUGGCGUUCUCCCUUGCCGAACAGGAGGAUAAUGGCGGCAGCGCUCACCUCUCCUGCCCUUUCUGCCGCCAAACAACCACGCUGCCUGAGGAAGGACCCCCGGCACUGACCACAAGCCACGAGGUCCUCUGCAAGCUGCCCAGCCACCAGCAGCAGGAGGAGCCGGUGUGGCUGGACGGGGAGAAGCUCUGCUACAAAACCAGACACAACGCCCCAGACAGUCCCACGGCCUUUUGCGUCUGCAUCGACAUCGGGGCCACCAAGUCUGCUGCGCCGGUCCAGUCGCAGCCCCGGACUUCUGGCAUUCUGGACCGGCUUUCUGACUGGAAGAGGAUGGUGCUCUUCGUUGUACUCAUGGUGCUGCUUGUUGUCAUCGUGUUGUGGCCUCUACAGUGUGUUUUCAGCACUGGGAGCAUGCGUUGUAUGCGGGAAACAAACACUCCCAACCCAACCCCAGCUACCACUACCUUUAGCUCGAUCGCUCGCUCUGCUCUGUCCGAUUAAACUUCUAAACUUGCUGGACUUCACUGCAACUGUAAAUUGUUUGUUUUUGACACAGCCCUUAUUCAUCCUUUGCUCAUAAUUGCAACAACUGUUGCUGUCAACACCUUACAUUUUCACCUGCAAUAGAGUCACAGGUUUUGGACUGCAAUAGAACCACGAUGUUGGACGAGAUGUCAGACUUUAGCACCGCUCAGUGUUGGUUUUUAUAAAGGCGCUCUGACGAACCCCACAGGGGGCCAAAUAUGAAAAUGCUGAAAGCAACACGGACUGCAUUCACUGGAAUUUUGAGUUUUGGUUACCUAUGCAAGUGAAAUCAUUGAACUAUUUAACAUUUUUAAAAUCAUAAUCACUUUCAAAUAGCUGCUUUAACUGGAAUAAAUCCCUCUCAAGCUCCUACA